GUAAAGCACAAACGACUAGCGCAGAGCGCUCUCAUCUAAAUCGAGAAGCAAAAAUGUCUCAGCAACUGAGCCAAACCAAAGAACAAGAAACAACAUACAUCCCUUGUCUUCAUCGCAUUGGCGAUAAUAUUAAGAAGCACAAGCUAAUUAGCCUUGAAAAGAAAACCGAAGUUACUGUAGGGAGAGCACCAGAUGUCACAGUUUGUCUCUUGUCUAACAUGAUAUCAAGAUGCCAUGCCAUAUUCAAAUGUAAUGAAGAGGGACAGUGGACUGUGAGGGACAAUAAGAGUCUGAACGGAGUAUUUGUCAAUAAAAAGAAAUUGGAACCCAUGUGUCUUCAAAAGCUGGUUGAUGGUGACACAGUUCAAUUUGGAGUUACUAAAAAUAGUGAAGAACCUCCAGAAUUCCUGUAUAGAUUUCACACCAAUCUAAAAAUCAAGAGAGCAAGACCCAAGUCUCUUGAUGAAGUCGACUGUGCCACACCAAAGAGACAGAAACCUAUGCCAGUCACAUGUCAAGGACCUAGCAACCAAAAAAAUCCUGAGUGGUCACCUUAUCAGGAAUAUAAAGACAAACUAAAACAGCAAGAAGAAGAAAUGGCAAGAAAGAUGAAGGAAUAUGAACAAAAAUUAUCUGAAAUGAAUAGUGUUUUGAAGGACAAAGAAGAAACGCAGGCAGCUAUGAAAAAUGAACUGGAAGAGGAAAAGAAAAGACGUGAAGAAAACAUGAAGGAAAUGGAGGAAACAAUGAAAAAGAAGCAAGAAGAAAUGGAAGAUGAACUGAGAAGAAAAGAGGAAGCAGAACAACAGAUGAAAGAAGAACUGGAAAAUAGAUUGUUAGAGAAAGAAGCUACACUGCUUGAACAGUUGCAGGUGCAGAAAGAAGGAUUAAUUGAAGAAAAGGAGAAAGUAGAACAAAGUUUACGUGUAGCUAUGGAAAAAGCUUUGGAAGAAAAAAAUAAAACUUUACAAGAAGAACUAAUAAAGCAAAAAGAGAAACUAGAAACAGUCAUUUUAAAGAAAGAAACUGAACAAAAAAUGUUAGAAGCACAAUUAAAUGAAGUGAAAGAAGAAAAAGACAAACAGACAGAGGCAGUGUUACAUGCGAAACAAGACAUUUUAACUAAUUUUGCUGAUUUAAUGGAAACUGAGUUACAGUGUAGUAUUUGUAAUGAACUUUUUGUACAGGCGACAUCACUGAAUUGUUCUCAUUCAUUCUGUGCAUUGUGUAUACAACAAUGGAUGAAGAUCAAGAAAGAAUGUGCUGUGUGUCGAGCUCCUGUAACAACAACAAUGAGGGCAAUUUCUCUAGAUAAUUACAUAGACACUAUGGUUUCACAUCUUAGUGAUGAGCUUAAGGAAAGAAGAAAACAGUUGGUGGAAAGCAGAAAAGGUGAACAGCAAAAGUUUAAUGAAGAAAACAAACCAAAACCUCAAGUACCUGCAGCACGAGGGCGUGGCCGAGGUGGAAGACGAGGGCGUGGUGCUAGAGGAGGAAGAGGUGGUGGGGCCAACAACCCAAUAGUUGUACCUGCUGCUCAUCCAUUAACCAAUGCUGCAGGUCAUCAUCCUAUUAUUGUUGAGGAUGAUUUAGAAAUAGAUGGCGUUGAAAUCACAAUAGGAGAUGACGAUGUAGAGGAGAGUAGUAAUCCAUAUGCUGAUUCUGAUGAAGAUUCUAUGGAGAAUUCUAAUUCAUCGGAUGAUUCAGAUUAUGUACGAGGGGAUGAAGAUGCCUAUUAUGGUGGUUAUGGAACUUGUUACAGAUGUGGUUCACGUGGUCAUUGGGCAAAUGGAUGUCCUUUUGGAUGAAAAGGUUGUACAAAAACUAUGUGUGCUAUGUAUGAAGUUACCAUAAAGUGUUCAAGACUAAAAUCUUCUUACUCAGUAUUACCAAAUGUGUUCAUUAUUAACAUUACAUAUAUUUACAAUGUGAAAUGUUAACAGAUAGUUAUAUAGAUUUAUUUCCAAAUGAUUGUUAACAUGUGCCAAAACAAGUUUCUUAGUAUAUUACAAAAAAACUAGGCUAAUACAUUUUACUGUUAUAUAAAUCCUUGUUUUAAAAAUUCCAAUAGGGAACAAACUGUACAUUAUUGUAGUAUUAAACCAAUUUUAAGACGUUUUGGCCAUUGGCCUUCUACAGUUUCUUUUAGUUUUCUUUUCAGCUACAUGACAUACAUUUUUUUUCUUUUUUGAUCCUUAAGUUGUUAUCUCAUAUAAUGUAUGAUUUAUUGGUAGUGCUAUUUACUAUGCAUCAGCAUACAUAAGUUAUAAUAGAGUUAACCUUCAAAUGCUAUAAAUAGCUACUGGUAGUCUUUAUUGUUGUUUUAUUUACAUGGGCAGUUGAUUGCAAUGCAAUACAUGUAUAACAUUUUUAUAUUUUUUCAACAUGGUUAUACACGAAAUAUUCUAUUAUGAUGUAUGGUAAAUGCUGUUUUAAGACUAAAAUAAAGUAAAGAAAUUGAUUUUUUAUUUGAAAAAAAAGGAAAUUUAAUGAAUAGCAAAUUUAGACAGGUUUUACUCAAGAAAAAAGAUAAAUAAGUCAAAUGGUUACAUGGUUACAAUUCUUGCCUGCAAUUUCAUUUGACCUUUAAGAUAAAUUAUUCACAGACCUAUCAAAAUGAUGAGAAUAAAGGACUUGACUGUAGAUAUUAUUAUAUGUGAACAUGAUUUAUAUAUUGUUUUAUAACACAAAUUGACUUAACUAUUUUGUAAUGAGGAUUGUAUCAAAUAUGUUCUUAUAUUGUUUACUUUUAUUUUAAAUGUCUGUCAUAUGAAUUUUUGUCUAUUGAACUAUAUCUAAGGAUAACUAUAGUUUAGAAGAAAAAAUGCAAUGUUCAGCAUAAUUUUAGAUUCUGUGAAGGCACUUGUCUAAAAAAAAUCCUGUAUCUUAAUACUCCUGUAACUUAAUAUAACACAUGGUGUACUUAAAAUUGAUUUAUCUACACAAUGGUGUAUAACACUGCUCCCUUUCUUUUUGGAAUCAUUUCCCAAGUUUGUCAAUUGCAAUUAUUUUGUUUUCCAAUUUUUUUUUGGGGAUAUCUUCCUAUAUAAAUGUAAACACAUUACCGGUAAAGAUUACUUUUAAGGAUGUCAAAUAUAUUCAAUGGAAUGCAAUUACAAAGAAAUGAUGUAUCAAAUGGUAAAAAUGUAUUAUGCAAUGGGUCAUACAUUUUCAUUUUUUGUAAAAAUGUCUGUUAAAACUAUGAAAUAAGAUGUAAUGAAGUUUAGAAAUAUAUAUAUAAAUUGGUUGUGAAUUUCUUAUGAAGUAUAUGAAUGGGUUAGGAUUUGCAUACUUAGAUCAAUGAUUGUUUUUCCAUCCACAGCCAGAUGUCUGUACCCAAAGUUGUAGAUGAGAACCCCACCUGAAUAAGAAGUACAUAGGUUGUUGGAGUUAAAAUAUAAGAUAUUUAAUGAAAACUAAAAUUUCAUUUAUCAGAUCUUCAAAGUUUUUUAAGACAUGUUUGAUUCUUUUUUGUAUGUGUUUAAAGGAUGGGGACAAACACAUAUGUUUUUUUUUUAGAGCAGCUGUUUAUUUGAUAUAUAAAAAAGAAACUUAAAAUUUGUUUUAAUUGUUACAAAAUAAACAAAUAAACUGGAGAGUUCCAUGCUCCUGUAGUACAGUU